AUGACACUUGGACAAAACAUUUAUAGCAACAAUUUUGGACGACUUCAAGGAAGUAUUCUAUCCUCAACUUUACUUUCUGUUCUUAGGCUUGGAUCACACAAAGCUUCUAAUACUGCAUUCUUUACGAGAUAUUUACUUAAUGGAAUUCCACAACGAAAAAAAGCUUCAAAAGGGAUAUAG